AUGGCCACCACUCGUGUCUUCGCCUCCCGCAUGGCCUCCGUCAUGGCCCAGACCUCCAAGGUCGCCCGCCCUGCUGCUCGCUUCCAGCUCAACGCUGCCACCAAGCGCACCUUCACCCAGAAGGCCCCCGCCUUCGGUGCCCCCAAGCGCAUCCAGUCUCCCACUCUCCUCCAGGCUAAGGCCUUCCAGACUGCCGCCCGCCGCCAGUACUCCUCCGAGGUCGCCUCCGCCAUGGUCGAGGUCUCCAAGAACAUCGGUAUGGGUUCCGCUGCCAUCGGUCUCGGUGGUGCCGGUAUCGGUAUCGGUCUCGUCUUCGCCGCUCUCCUCAUGAGUGUCUCCCGCAACCCUGCCCUCCGUGGUCAGCUCUUCUCCUACGCCAUUCUUGGCUUUGCCUUCGUCGAGGCCAUGGGUCUGUUCGAUCUCAUGGUUGCCAUGAUGUGCAAGUACGUCUAA